CAUUAAUCGGCGGUAGACCGAGCGGCGCACAUUCGUGCGUGUACCUCGCUGCUCGAAGGUUCGGCUGUCGGUUGUGCUUAACGGUUAUUUCUUUCUGUGACACGAAGAAAGAGGAUCGCCUUGACGGUUGCUUCGUAGAGUGUGAAAGGCCGACUCAACGUUCCCGGUAGUUGGAAGAGGGAAACGUUUCCGGCACGGUCCACGCAGCUGUCGUCCGAUACAUUCGUGCGGUGGGACGAUAUGAUAUUACGAUGAAUUUUACGUGUUAACAUCGUCUCGCGCGUACCUACGUUUCUCUCGAAAAAAGGGAAGAAGAAAGAAAUGGAUUGGAUCGUUGUGGCGUAAGAGCGGGAUGGAUGUAUCGUGUAGUGAUGUAAAAUUGGUACACGAAUAUUGAACGAUACCCGACCCCGAUAUCUCUGUCCGUAGAUCUUUUUAUGCGAACGGAGAUAAACGAAAGUGUCGAGAAGCGAAGGAUACUGAAGAUUGGGCGAAGAAGAGGAGGAGGAGGAGGAGGAGAGGGAGAAGGAGAAGAAAGAGCGGAGAGAAGAAAGUGGACGGAGUUGAUCGAGAGGGUUAUUUCGCUUCUUAAGAGAGCAAGUACACUACGUAGAAAGAUAUUUAGUGCGAAUGGAAACGGUGAAUAGAAACUGAAAAUCGUGAAAAUCGAUAUAUAGAGAACGGAGUUGAACGAGACGAAAAAUUGAAUUUCACGAUGAUGUUGGCGCGGCUGCACGCCGCGGCUAAUGUACCGAGGAAACGUUGAUGGAGGAGAAAAGGAUCGUUUUAACGGGUCGAAGAUGACUGUCGCGAUGGAGCACAAGCGUAAGAGCUCGUGGGACUCGAAGAUAUCGGUAAGCACGGUAAGCACGAGAAGAUUCAGCCGUGCAGGUACACCGAGUUCGAUCCUGUCGUCGGACAGUGACAUUCGAUUUACGAGAAAACUCGGUGGACAGUAUCGUUGCGGAUGCUGCGUGUUAGCCGCGUUCCUACUCUUCCUUCUCUUCUCUGGAGUCUCCAUAUAUCUCGGAUACACGUUUUUAACGUCGGAUCCUCCAGGUGAUCAAAUCUUCUUGGCAACAUUCCGAGUGAUCGAAGGCGAUUCUUUCGUAUCAGAAUUAACAGAUUCCUCUUCCGAAGCCUUUCGAAUACGAUCGCGAGAGUAUCGUGAUCGACUGAAUCUAAUAUUUCGUCGUAGCUGGGUGAGAAUUUCAUUUCUUGCCGUGGAAAUAUUAGCACUUGAUGGAUCCGAAGGUGGAAAUUUGGUGGUCCAUUUCGAGAUUCGGUUUGAUCCACGAUAUCAGACUAUUACCACCGCCGAUAUCGUUGAAAUUCUUACACAAGAAAUAAAUCCUGAAACCUCGAAAUAUUUAACAAACUUGACGAUCGAGUUACCAAGUCUAGAAGUUCAAGAGAGCUUGAAAGCUCUCAACGCUCAAGUCGGUUUACAAACGACCAUUGCAACACCUCCUCCAACGACUACACCACCACCUCCUAGAAGAUGCACCAGUUUAAAUUUGUCUUACUGCAAGCAUCUACCGUACAACGUUACAUCUUAUCCAAAUAUAUUGGGUCAUCGUUCGUUGGCUGACGUGCAAGAGGAUGUGAUCGCUUUCAGAGAAUUAGUCGAUGCGGAAUGUUAUCGUUUGGCAUACGACUUUGUAUGCCAAAUUUUACAACCGACAUGUAUAUCCAGUCAACCGGAAGAUUUGCUGCAAUUACCUUGCAGAAGCUUCUGUAGAGAAUUCUGGAACGGAUGUGGCAAUCGACUUCCAGAUAAAUUCAAACCGUUAUUGGAUUGUUCGAAUUUCCCGGAAUAUGUGGAUCAAGGUGGUUGUAGAGCAAAACCAGGAUGUGUACAAGCGCUUCAAGCAAAAGCAUUAUCACCGAGAAUUUGCGACGGUGUAAUUGAUUGUCCUGAUCUUUCGGAUGAGAAAAAUUGUGCUUACUGUCGAGAUGGUUAUAUGCACUGUGGUAUAGGUAGAACUUGUAUUCCACGUGGCAAAAGAUGCGAUGGAAAAAUGGAUUGUGCCAAUGGAAGUGAUGAAAAAGAUUGUCUUUCCUUAGCACCAAGUAUUCGAUCCCUUAAAUCGCAAUUUUCGGAUACACCGUUCACUGCAAAAUAUAACAAUGAAGGGUUUGUAGUAUUUAACGAGAAAGGUACUAUUGGUAAACUUUGUACCGCGAAUCUGAAUGCAACGUUACCAGGAACAGAAAUGGAAAACGUUCUUCAAACUGUUGCCAAUUCUUUAUGCAGUAUAUUGACUUAUACAGGAAUGAAAUCCGUAGAAGUUCGAAUCGAUGAUGAGGAGAAUAUUCAAUAUGUGCAUAUGCAGGAUCCAUUAGCAACAGAGAUCACAUUCGUUAGAGCGCCCUGUCCGAGCAAAGAAGUUAUGUACAUUCGAUGUUCUGAACUUGACUGCGGUGUACAAUCUCUCCAUGCAAAAAGUGAUAAUCGAGGUCUUAAUAAAAUGGCCGAGCCAGGAGAUUGGCCCUGGCACGUAGCUCUCUUCAAAGAAGAGGUACACGUAUGUGACGCCACGCUUGUGGCGGAAAAUUGGUUGAUUACGACAGCAUCUUGUUUUCAAGGACAGCCAAAGGCAGAAUGGUCAGCGAGAAUGGGAAGUGUACGACUCUCGAGUAUAUCGCCAUGGCAACAAGAGCGUAGAAUCAUAGGUAUGAUUAAAUCACCGGUAGAAGGAAGCACAACCGUUUUAUUAAAACUUGAUCGACCUGUGACCACAUUUUCGGAUUUUGUAAGACCGGUAUGUCUACCUUCGAAUCAAGAUCCACCAAUGAAUUCGACUCAUUGUAAUACUCUUGGAUGGGCUAGAAAUCGAGACUUGCUGCAGAGAGUACAGCUUAGACACAGUGCGAUGGAACGAUGCGAAAAUAUUAGUAUCGCAUCGGUAAAUAGUAUUUGCACAGAAUCGGCAUAUUUUACUGAUGAUUGUAAUGAGGAAGAAUUUGCUGGAAGUCCUAUGUUAUGUCUUCAACCAGACAGUCAUAAAUGGGCACUAACAGGUGUCGGUAGUUGGCGAAUAGCGUGUUCAAAGACCGGUACUGAAAGGCCACGAUUGUACGAUAAAAUUUCCUCGAAUAUCGCUUGGAUAAAAUCCACGAUUUUUAUCUAAAAAUAUUAUUUAAAUAAAUCAAUAUGGACUGACAGGGACUGAAAUUGCAAUACAUAUACAUAUACAAUAUAGAAUCAUUUUUCGCUUCAUCCAAUUUUUCUAUUGUAUCUAAUAGACUGUAAAAUAUACAUAUAUUGUAAAUUUAUAAUUGCGUGUCAUCUUAUCGUGGCAUAUAUAUUUUUCGUGUCGAUUCGGUUUGAAUCGAUUGUAUAGUUUUAUCAGUUUGUUGUUAUCAUUGUUCGUAUCGAUAUCUAUGUAUAUGUUAUCGCGUUGUAAAGAAAACAAAAAUUGUUUUAUUAAAGUAUAGUCGAAAAAAACAAUAUGCAAAAUUAUUUUUUAAAGAUAAAUUUGUUGUUGCACUAUGUACAUGUCGUAAUAUGUAUAUUUUUUUCUAUUAUUAUUAUUAUUAUUAUUAUUAUUAUAAAUAAAUGUUUGUAAAAUGUUUUGUAAAAUUUAUCAUAGAUAGAUGGUGAAACAUGAUUGGUAAGAUUGUAUAAUUAAUGAUCGUUACUGUGCGAAAAAAGUUGUGCGCAGUGUCAAGAUAUAAAUGGUGGGAGGUUUCAACCAGGGUUACUUAAUAUAAUGCUCUUCAUGUGGAGGCAGAGCCUUAGUUCUGCAAAUGCGUUGUCAGUUUUUGCGACGGUGUAUAGAAUCGAAUCCAAUUUACUCAGUGUGACCAAAAAUAUGGUAAGAAAAUCCCUAUUAAUAAAAUCUUUGAUUUAUUUAUAAUUGUAAAAAAUAUUACGUAACUGUAACAUAGAUUUUAAGAGAUAUCGCGUUUCAAAUAAAUAUAAAUAUAAAUGA